AUGAGCCACCAAGAAGAACACUACGCGUGGCGACAGACGCUCCAGGACAUCACAAUCACCUUCCCCGUGCCUCCAGGCACUCGUGGCAAGCAGAUGGAUAUCAAAUUCACCCCCACGACCAUCUCGGCAGGUGUCGUGGGCCAGCCUCCCGUUCUUCAAGGCGAUCUGUUUGGCAAAAUCGCCCCUGAAGAGUCAACGUGGACUGUGGAGGACCAGAGAGAAGUCACCAUCAGCAUUGAGAAGGUCCACAACCAGGAAUGGUGGCCACACGUGGUUACCACGGCCCCCAAGAUUGACGUUUCCCAGAUCGAGCCAGAGAAGUCCAACCUCAGUGAUCUGGACGGAGAAACACGAGCCAUGGUGGAAAAGAUGAUGUACGACCAGCGGCAGAAGGAAAUGGGCCAGCCCACGUCGGACGAGCAGCGCAAGCAGCAGCUCCUGGAGAAUUUCAAAAAACAGCACCCGGAAAUGGACUUCUCAAAGGCAAAGAUCAACGAGGGCUUUGGAAACAUGCCUCAAUAA